AAGCACUUCCCCACGCCCCUCACACCAUGUCCGACUCAAAGACCGCUAGUAUUCCGGCAGCUACAACCAUUACACGUGCGCUCCACGAUGUCGUCAUUGCCAUCCACAAGGCGGGCAACGCCGACGACCUCACCGUCAAGCGCGUGCGAACCAGGGCGGAGGAACAGCUGGGACUGCCGGCCGGAUUCCUCAAGGCGGACGGAGAAUGGAAGCAGAAGAGCCAAAGCAUCAUUCACGAGGCAGUGGAGAAGUACUGUGGCGACGAGCCUUCCCCAGAACCCAAACCAAAACCGAAACCCCAGCCAAAAAAAGCUGCCAAGCCCAAGGCAGUCACGAAGAAGGAGAAGCUAGCAAAAGCUGCCCCACGCGGUGCCAAGAGAAAGUCCCCGACAACCCCCAAGAAGCCCCAGAAGAGGAGGAAGACCAUCGUCUCCUCUGGCGAGGAGUCCGAUGGGCCCCUGUCAGAACUGCUGUCGCAGGAUGAAGACCUGUCGGAUGCGGACAGCGAGCCGCCCAAGAAAGCUGCACGGCGGGGGCAGAAAGUAGUAGCAGAAGAACUAGACGAGGAAAUGGAGGACGCACACAAUUGCAGUAAGGAAGGACUGGGGUUGAAGGACCUGGAUGGUGACGAUGCGCAUAAGAUCACCACACCUGCGAAGAAGGCAACAGUCCCCACAGUUGCAAAUGCUAAGGCCGAUGUAUCUGAGAGUGAACUAUCCAGCCUAAUCGACGAAUCGCCUGCUAAAAAGAAGCGACAAAAGAAAUCGCCCUCGGAAAAGCAUGCAAAAAGUUCCAAGGCCAAGGAACCUAAGGCACCGAAGCCAAGCGCUAAAGCGACAAAGUCUAAAGGCGCGCAACACGAUGACCCUGACCAAGCUGAAAUCAAGAGACUGCAAAGCUGGUUGGUCAAAUGCGGGAUCAGAAAAGUAUGGGGGAAAGAGUUAGCACCGUGUGACACGACCAAGGAGAAGAUCAAGCAUCUGAAGGGGAUGCUGAAUGAUGCCGGUAUGGAAGGCAAACCCUCGAAUGAAAAAGCGGCGAGGAUAAAAGAGCAGCGGGAGUUUGCAGCGGAUCUGGCUGCCAUUCAGGAACAAGCGGGGCGCUGGGGUCAGGCCGGAGAGGCCGAUGGUGGGAGGCCGAAACGCAGACUAGCACGGGGUGUUCAGAACAUGAAGGUUACCAAGGAUCAGGACGAUGACGACGAUGAAGCCGGUGAUGAUGAGGAUGAGAAGGACGAGCAAGACACCGAUGUUGAGUUCGCGAAGAAUGAUGAUGACGACGACAACGACGACGACGACGACGGUGAUAAUAGCGAUGAUUCAGAGUAGUGUCUUAAAUUCGCAGAUACAUUCUGUAUUGUAUUAUAUAGA